AGUGAGCCUUAAAGCACGUUUAUAUAUGGCGUCCAUGCUUCAGCUCGCUACGAAAAUACGGUUAACUUAAUUUUUGUAAAACCAACCAACACACACACAUAUAUUUUGAAUGUGAAUAUACAUAUUGAAAAUGUCAGUAUUUAUGGAUUUAAAUAUAAUCGCUAUCAGCGACAAGAAAAAGCUGCAAAACAUGAUCGAGACAGCUGCUCACCUUGGCUACUCUACAGUUGCAAUAAAUUAUGUAGUGGAGCCACAUCAGAAUAAACAGAAAAUUCCUCAGCCAUUAUCUGUUUCAGAAUUGUGUGAAAAACUCCCCAUAGUACAGGGUAAAUCCAGACCCAUUAAAGUGCUGAACCGGUUGACUGUGGUGGCCACAGACUCCUCUCACUUUAGACCGUCCAAGAACUUUGACAUUUUGGCUGUGUAUCCCAAAACAGCGAAACUCUUCCAUGCUGCCUGCAUGACAAAUGAUGUUGACAUCAUCUCCAUAGCAGCGAAUGAAAAACAGUCUUUCCACUUCAAACGGGCAUCAGUAAAUGGGGCAAUCGAAAGGGGAGUAUUUUUUGAGAUAAGCUACACAGCGGCCAUCAGAGACUCCACCAUGAAGAAAUACACAAUCGCAAAUGCCAUCAGCCUGGUGAAUAUAUGCAAGGGAAAGAAUGUCAUCAUGUCAAGUGGAGCAGAGACACCUCUUGAGUUGCGUGGCCCAUAUGACAUCACCAAUCUUGGGCUCGUGUUUAGCCUCUCUGAAGGGGACGCCAAAGCUGCAGUCUCCACAAACUGCCGAUCUGUUGUACUGCAUGCAGAGACUCGUUCGACAAAGCUGGGUAUUCUUCACGUGAAGAAGAAGAGCCAACCACCCAGUGAGCAGCCAGAGGAAGAAACUCCAGCCUUAAAGAGGGCCAAAACUGAAACACUUUAGUUCAGAUUUCCAGUCGGAACAUAAUAGUAGUUCAUUUUUGUUUAGUCUGCCAAUUGAUUUACAGUAUUCCUCCAGAAGCUAGUUUUCACUUUUGAGUAUCAGGGUGAAUUUUGCCUGAACUGCUGGCUUUAUAUUGAGUCAGAUAUGACAAUUUUAUGAUCUGUUGGUGUGUUUUAUGCUCGUGUGAUAUUGACAGACACAACACUGAUAUGAGCACAUCAAAUAGUUUUCUAUCAUGCUGCCAUCACUGCUGUAAUAUAUGUCAGAACGUAACAGAAGUUUGCAUUCUGAUUGAAUCAGCGUGAUUACUGUGAGGAUCAGUAUCUGUUCAUGUACUGCUUGUCUGAAAUGACUAGAAAAAAGAAAUGAUACUGUUCUAGUUUAUAACCUGUAUUUUCAGUCAAUUUGAAAUAAAUGUCAUGAAACUCCUA